CCGGCAGCCGCCCCCACCGCCGGCCCCUGCAUGCCCGGCGCCCGGGUCGCAGCCCACCUGGACGCUCUGGGCCCUCUGGUCUCCUACGUGCAGCCACCGUUGCUGCCCUCUAUGUUCUACGUGGGCCUGUUCUUCGUCAAUGUGCUGAUCCUCUACUACGCCUUCCUCAUGGAAUACAUCGUCCUCAACGUGGGCCUCGUCUUCCUGCCCGAGGACUUGGACCAGGCUCUGGUGGACCUCGGCGUACUCUCCGACCCCGGCUCUGGCCUCUAUGAUGCCGACUCGGAGCUCGACGUCUUUGAUGGAUAUUUGGAGUAAGGUCUUGACUACUGUGCCCCACUUGCCUUCCACCAUCCGUAACUCUUGGCCUGGACCAGCCCUCCAUAUCAUGCCACUGCCACUAGUUGGGGGCACCAUCUGGACCGGGAUGGGACCCCAGGAAGAGGCCCGCCUGCUCGUGCCAACACCCGGGUUCCCGCCCCAACCAAGGAGUAUGCCAGGAGAGGUGGGGACCCAGUGCCAAGAUGGGAGAGUUGCCAGGCCCUACAGGAAGGAGAAGGGCUCCAAAGGCCUCACCUACCACCCCGUUCUCAGACGUCCUGGAUCUGGCUUGUGACUCUCCACCUUUGUGAUGGAUGUUCACAGGGACCUAGCCAGAGGUCACCUCUCUGCACUUCACCCCCCAACUGCACCUGCCUCCCUCCCUUAACCUCUGGGAAGGACACGGAGAGCGGAAGUGGGAUGCAAACAGACUCAUACUUAGGCCACUCCCUCCAGCGUCGUUUGGUGCGGUUGAGCCUUAAGCCUGGGUAGGCUUCAGACCCAAGACUGUUGAUCAUAGUUUCAGGGAGUCACUCUGAAGAAGGCUGUGCCAGGGCCCAGGCGGGGUUUAGCCUCUCCAGGUUGACAGAACUGAGAUGCCGCAAUGGGGAAGAAAUCUAUUUUUGGAAGUGUGAGUGGUGUGGGAAGUGUGAGUGGUGCAGAUACUUGAUUUCCAUAAACCUGUAAAAGCAAUACUUAGAGGCUGACUUAUUUCAUUAAAAAAUGUAAGCAAUGCCAA